GUAGUCAGCAAGGGAGCAAGGUGCUCAGGCUAGGGGUGCUACCUGGCAGGCAUAGACUCCCUUCAGAUUACUAAGUAAACAGUGUCUGGUGGCCUCUGCAUGGUGCAAAAGCCCUUUGCCCACUCUCUCACCACCCAAACUGGCCUCCCAGGAUGAGGUCAGACUAGAAAUAAAAUAGAGAGAACGAGAGUCAACCAGAAAACAGAGUUCACGUGCCAGCCCCCUCUGGAGAUAAUUGGGAGCCACAGCCCUUCCUCCUGCUGGGGUGGUGACAUGGUGACAAGGGACACCUGGUAAGGUGAACCAGCCAGGAGCCUUAGGGUGGACACGGGUCCCUACUUUCCCCCAGAUGGAUUCCAGCAGUCUGGAGCAGGAACUACGGUGGAUGAAGCUGGUCUGGGAGGAGGCCCCAGCAGACAAGACAGAGCGACCUCUUACAUCUCCGGGCUGGAGUACUCUGUUCCAGGCAGUGUGGUGGGGUGCUCCUAGCCUGGUGAUGCAGCUGCUGAGACAAGGCUCCAGUGUGGAGGAGAGGGAUCACACAGGCUCUGAUGUGAAAGAUGUAAGAGGCUGGACUGCAGCACACUGGGCAGCGGCUUGUGGGCAACUGGCGGUGCUGGAGCUGCUGUCUGCUGGAGGCAAUGCAGACCUGGAUGGCGCCUUGCUGGUAUCAGCGAUAGCUGGAAGUACGUCAUCGUUGCAGCUUCUUCUGACACUGGGGGCAAAGGUGGACACCCAGGACAGUACGGGGGCCACCGCACUUGGCCUGGCAGCUGGCUUAGGUCACCACCAAGACAUUGAGGUCCUGCUGGACCAUGGGGCAGACCCAAAUAUCAGGGACAGAAACAACCGCUCUGCACUCCACAGGGCUGCCACUGGUGGGCAUCUACGAGUUACACAGCUGCUAGUGGCUAAGGGCAUUGAAAUAGACGCUCAGGACUCUCUGGGCCUCACACCUCUGCACCAUGCUGCUCGAGGCGGCCAUGUAGAAGUUGUCAGCCAUCUCCUGGACAGGGGUGCACACAUCAAUGCUGCUGGCUGGCUCCACAAGACCCCUCUGCACCUUGCUGUGGAGAAUGGCCACAGCACCACUGUGGAGCUUUUGCUGAGCCGAGGAGCCAACUCCACCUUGAGGACACAGUGGGGUGAAGCGGCCCAGAUCCCAUAGGGUGUCUGCCCCAGGCAUGGCCUGAUUUCCUGUGCUAACUAAUCGUUUUAGAAACUACAGAAAGAUAAGAAGCGUAGAGCUAGCCAGGCGUGGUGGCACACACCUUUAAUCCCAGCACUCGGGAGGCAGAGGCGGGCGGAUUUCUGAGUUCGAGGCCAGCCUGGUCUAUAGAGUGAGUUCCAGGACAGCCAGGGAUACACAGAGAAACCCUGUCUCGAAAAAAAACAAAAGACAAAACAAAAAAAAAACCACCACCAAA